UAUAUUUGUAUUGAAUGCAGAAAUGGAGACACUUAUGCUGGAGAAUAUUUUGCGGACAAGAUGCAUGGAUUUGGAGUCUAUCAAUUCGCAAAUGGUCAUCGGUAUGAAGGAGCCUGGCAUGAGGGACAGAGACAAGGGCUUGGAAUGUAUACAUUCAGGAAUGGGGAGACACAACCUGGACACUGGCAAAAUGGUCUGCUUGAUAUCCCAAGUACACAGAACACUCACCCUGGAUCUCCCAUUGCCGUUAACCAUUCCAAAGUAUUGAAUUCUGUCCAGGAAGCACGAAGAGCAGCAGAGAAAGCAUAUGAUGUUGCCAGAGUUGAUGAGAGGGUGAACAAGGCCAUAGCCGCUGCCAAUAAAGCAGCCAAUGCAGCACGAGUUGCAGCUGUGAAGGCUGUCCAAAAGCAAAUGCAUCACAACAGCAGCAAUGAUGAUGUACCAAUCCCAAUCGUGAGACCGCUAAUGCACUGCUGACCAUCAAUGUGCUCUUAGUCCAAAUUAACAAGACACAAGGAGAGGAAGCGAAGGGAUAAUGGAAUAUCAUCAAUCAGAGUUUUCUGUUGCUGUUGCCUUUACAUUUAUACUGCCAUUUCCUUUCUUCUUUCCUGCAUUCUCUUUCCCUUUUCCUGUAAGAGGAUGCAACAUUGAGUUAUCUGAUUAGAACCACAUUCAGUUUCAGUUGAGCUGACUGAUUUGAGGCGCAGGUCAGGUUUUACUUUUGCAUCAAUGUAAUACGUAUAUAGUAUGAGUUAGAAGUUUGAGUGAAAAUCUGGCACUUUCCAGGUGUUUGUAGGUGGGUUUUCUUAAUUUUGUUGCUUCUUUUGUUCUUUACAUGUAAAGUGUAGUUAGCUGUAAUGCAAGUGCCAAGGCACCGAGAUGAAACUUCGGCCCUGGCACUUUGUUGUAUGUGAAACUAUGGCUUUUGUAUAAGAGAUCAGGGGAGUUGGUGACAUUACACAACCACACUCCCUCCUUUAUACCA